ACCUCAUUUUUCGACUGUUGUCAGCGAUUUGUCUCCGGACAUUCAGACAUCGAGAGCUCUGAGAAGAUGCAGCUGCGUGUGAUCCUCUGUGGAUUAUUCCAUCUGUCAGCUGUGAUCUGGGCUGGAGCAGUUAAACAGGACACUGGUGUCAGAUCCGUCUCUGUCGGGGAAAAUGUGACUCUGCAAUGUUUCUAUGAAAACGUGAUGGCGAUGCACUUCUCCUGGUACCAGCAGCCUCUUGGAGGAAGACCUGAACUCCUGUCUUUCUUUUACAAAUACGAUAACCCAUCUAAAGUGGACCACUGGUUGCAGAAGAAACCUCGAUUCUCUCUGCAGAGGGAGGAAGGCAUCAACCACUUACACAUCUCUGAUGUGCAGCUCUCAGAUUCAGCCACUUAUUUCUGUGGAAGCUCGCACUCCAACAUGGUGGAAUUUGGGGAUGGCCUCUUUCUGAGCGUUGAAGGAAAAAGCCCCACAGAAAUCAUCAUCCAGGAACCGACGUCAGAGACCAUCCAGCCUGGAGGCUCCAUCACCUUCAGCUGUACCGUUCAUUCAGGGAACUGUGGGGAAGCACAAACUGUCUGCUGGUUCAGACGUGGCUCUCAACCGGGGGUCCUCCACACACAGAGAAAAGACUGCAGACCUGUCGCUGCUCCAGGGCCUCCUUCACAGAGCUGCACCUACAGUUUGCAGAAGAAAGACCUGAACUCCUCUGAUGCUGGAACCUACUUCUGUGCUGUGGCCUCUUGUGGGAAAAUGCUGUUUGGCAGUGGAACCAAGCUGAUCAUGACAAAUCAAACUGAAGGCCAAGCAGCUCAGAUUAAAGUGUUAGUCCAGCUCUCUGUCAUCAGAACCGGGGUUCUUCUGCUCUUUCUCCUCAGUUGUGUGCUCUUUGUCAGAAAAAGUGAUCCAAGUCCAUGAGUUCCAAUGCAGAUUUCUGACAUUUGGGGGUUGAAACUUUCAUUGAAAUCAAUACACAGUACAGUGCUCCUUCGCUUUAUCACAAUUCACCUUUCAUGGUCUUUUCGUUUUGCAAUUUAUUUUCAAUGCGGUUUUGGAUAAUUUUCUUUUACACAGUUCACCAUGCUCUGUGCCCUGAUUGGCUGUUGAUCUAGACGUAUUUUUCUGCAAAGAUUUGAACUUUAUGUUUAAACAAGCGAGUAAAGUGUGAGAAUAUUCAUGUAUGUGUGAGAAAAAUCUAUAAAAUGUUUAGUGAACACACCUGUAAUCCUACUUUGUAGUUUCACAUUUUGGGGGUUAAUUUUAUAAUAAACCCAGAGGAACCACCGGAUUAGCAAACUGUUUCAGCUUUAUUCACAGUUAUGCAACUUUAGGGGCGCACGUUUAUUUUAUGCCAUUAUUUUGAAAAGAAAAACUUUGUUUUGUGCAGUAUUGAAUCAAGGAUCUUAAUAAAAUGAAAGGUUCUGCUCUCUUGAAUUUAAUUUUGCUCACAGAUUAACAACAAAACAACAUUAUAACCAACAUUAUUAAAAAGGCAGUAAGACUUUACGUCCAAACACCAAAACAGAG